AUGUUUAGUACUCGCAGCGUCCUGAAUCCAAGGAGCAGGAUGCAACUUCAUGACUUGGUAAGUGAGGUCCGCAAUGCAAUAAAGAGCACUAUUAAGGAUUGCGCAAAAGCUUCUACUGGUGAUGAUACAUCUUUGAUGAGGAUCAAUGGCACGAAGGAAAUGCCUGAAGCACUCAGAAAAGAUGGGGUAGAAGGCUACAUGUUCUCAAUUAGUCGGUGCCGUUUUCCAACGUAUGAAGCAGAUUUUGGUUUCAAAAAACCUUAUCAUGUGAGUAAUACAGAUACCGAAAUGGAAUGUUUAGUUUCCCUUAUGAACAUUAGAGAUGGAGAAGGAAUUGAGGCAUGGUUGAGUUUAGAUGAAAGAAUGUGCUGCUAUUUCAACAAAAUCUAG